UUUUGGUGGUUCAUAAUUCUACGAAUGUAUACCAAAUGGCUGUACGAACAUUAAACAAAAAUGAUUGCAGCUGUGAGCAGACUAAUUUACACUUGCAUGCUGAAAUUGAAAAUCUAAAACAAAAAAUUUUGGAAAGAGAAAAUCACAUUCUGAGUAUGGAAACCAAUUUCCUUUGCGAAGCUGAAAAAUUUCCACAUGGUGAAUAUGCUGCUCUAACUGAUGAAGUUUUAAUGUGGCAAGAUAAAUAUAGAAGAUUAUUAGAAUCUCAUAAAAGAAUACAGCGUGUUAACCAAAGCUUGGAAGAUAAAUUAUUACUGCUUGUUGAUAAAACAGAAACUGAAAAAAAUGUAUUAAAUUCUGAAAUCCAAGGUCUUUCUCGAAAAAUUGUUGAUCAACAACUACAAAUUAAUCAAUUGAAUGAUGAAAAUGAACGCUACAAAAAUGAUCUAAAUAUUGCUAUUCAAUUACUACAAUGUAAACCACCAUCACAUUUUGUUUCUCAGAAAUAUGAUAAUUUACCUGGUGAAAUGCAAUCUAAAGUCCGUAGUUAUAUUUAUAACAAACAGCGUAGACUGUCAGAUGGCAAUGGAAAUAUGUCUCCAAAGUCUGAAGGCAAAACUAUUAAAGUGCCAAUUACUACCUUUCCCCCAACAGCUAUGGUUUAUUCAUUAAACAAUGAUACAAAAGUGAAAGAUGUUGAAGAUGGUCCAACUCAACCCCCUGUAAAUAGUGUCUCAGCAGCUAUUAUAGCCAAAGUUUUAGAAGAAAGAAUCAAAGAACGACUUACUCAACGUCAUUGCUCCUCUUGUUCAUGUGAAACUAAAAAUGAAACCGAGCACUUUAAUAAUGCUUUACCAUGUUCUGAGUUCUCUGAAAAAAGACGCUCAUAUGUUAGACACUCUAAAAGAUACUCAAACAAAAGCUCAGAAUCUCCAAUAUCAGAACCUGAUCUUAUACACUUUGAUAAUACAAUGUCAAUUGGAGAUUCAUCUGAAAGUGGUAGUAAACUGCAUGUAGCUAGAUCAAGACUAUGUUCUGUGCGUCUCCAAGAAGGCAGUAAUAAUAUAUUGUUAGACAAUGCAGCAACACCAUAUUCUGGACCUAUAUUGUACAAAAGUCGUUCUUCAAGUGGUGAAUUUGAUGAACCAUUAGUACACUCGCAAAAAUCAAUUGAUCGAAAUUCUCAUAUAAAUGAACAUACUCGUAUAUUAAUCUCAGAUGAAGAAAUAAUUUAAAAUUGAUUAGGUAAUUUUUCACUUUUAGGUAACCAUGAAAAAAAAAUGUGAUAUCAUUCAAACUUUUACUCUUGACUAUUUUGUAUAGCAAAUAUGUAAACUUUUAAUUUUAUAUAUUCAAAUAUUUUAUAAAUUUAAUAAUAAAUUUAUAUUAAAAAAUAAUUUAUAAACAUCUUCAUAAUACUACAAUAGUAAAA